CGCAGAGAGCGGCUUGUCAAUACGCAGCCUUAAAUACGUUGACCAGCCAGGAACAGCGGCAACGGCGGAGGAGGGGGAGAAGCGACGGAGAGAACCUUCUUCAGAGGAUAAUAUUCUUCACAUGAAUUUCUUUCUUUCCGCUGGAAUAACUUGUCUUGUCUAGAAUCUGCCGCUCUAACUCAUGAGGCGGCACAGAGACGUUAUAUAAGGCGAAUAACGGACAGAGAUGAGACCGUACGUUACAGCAUAGCGGCACAAUAACCGCAUGUGCUGACUGGGCUUGGCGCUUAAGGGCGACAGAAACCGUCAGACCUUCACUUGAAUUCGGUGAUGUAUGUGUGCUUCAUCACGUUUUGUGUUAAUUUAUUCAAGAAGCGAGCUAGCUUGGGGAGCUGCUGCCAAUGCUGGUCCAUUCACUAUUGUGUGCGUUUGAUUUAACUUAGCAAGGCGGCUAACCAGGACGCGCUUCUGCCGCUGACGAUCCCGUGUGCGUAGCGGAAUGAUGGUCAGAAGAAACCUCCAACAGACAGGCGCUAAUGGCUCAGAUUAAUUGUCAAUUUAGUAAUUGGUUUGUAUGAUUAUCAAAUCUCGCCACAAAGGCGGUGUGUCUGGUUAGACCUGGUGGGCCCUGCUAUCAUUCAUAAAACUAUCCUUAACGCGAAGAAUGGGCCCAUGUCGUAGUGUGGAAAACAAAGAAUUAGGCUACUGAAGAGAGUAAGCUGGUUAGAUAAGCUUGUUUUAUCGUUUUUAGGUGAGCUAGCAAGCUGGUUGACGGAUUAGUCACACAGCCUGGACUGAACUGCUCCCCGGACUCGCUCUGUCCCUCGGUUGGAGUUAUUUCCCCCCCCGGUUUCCACGUUUUUCUUGUCUCUGCGCCGCACCACAAUGAGCAGUCAAACCGGAGACGCCGGGUCGCUUGAAGUGGAGCCCAUGCCGGGGUACUUGGACCUCAUCACCAGAGCCUCCUCAGUCAUGCUGCGCGCAUGGAGGGACUGUAGCACUUGCGGUCUGGAGCUCUCCAAACGGACUCUCCUGGAUAACGCUUACAUUACCUGGACGGAAAUCGCCCUGUUCUUUUUUUGCGCCUUUUUGUGGACGCAGGUCAGGCGGGGACUGACAGAAAGUCUGUUUAAGCCUCUAGCACAGUGGUGCAGGCUGCUGCCCAAAGAUGCUGCCAAGAUGCCGGAGAGCACGUGGAAGCUGGUCUUCUACACCAUGUCAUGGUCCUACAGCACCUACCUGCUCUUCUUCACCUCCUACUCCUUUUUCCAUGACCCGCCCUCUGUCUUCUACAACUGGAAGAGCGGUAUGCCAGUGCCUACAGAUAUCGCCAUCGCCUACCUGAUCCAGGGCAGCUUCUAUGGCCACUCCAUCUAUGCUACAGUCUACAUGGACGCAUGGAGGAAGGACUCUGCUGUCAUGGUGGUGCACCACAUCAUCACACUGGCACUCAUUUGCUUCUCCUACGCUUUCAGGUACCACAACGUAGGGAUCCUGGUGUUGUUCCUCCACGAUAUCAAUGACAUCCAGCUGGAGUUCACCAAGCUCAACGUUUACCUGAAGUCCAGAGGUGGAGGCUAUUACCUGCUCAAUGAUAUUUUGUCCAACAUGGGCUCCGUCAGCUUCAGCAUCACUUGGUUCUGGUUCCGUCUCUACUGGUUCCCUCUCAAAGUGCUGUAUGCCACAUGUGUGUCCAGCCUUCAGUCUGUGCCCAACAUCCCCUUCUACUUCUUCUUUAAUGCUCUUCUCCUCGCCCUGCUGCUCAUGAAUAUCUACUGGUUCCUGUUCAUUGUUAUUUUCGUAGUGAAGGUGCUAAAGAUGAAGGAGGUGAAUGACGUCAGAGAGUACGAGGAUGAGGAUGGCAACAAGACAGCAGCAGGCCUGCACAGAAACCCUCAGGCAGCAAACAACGAAGAUGAUGCUGGACAUCACAACUCUGCCCAGGGGAAGCACGUGCAAAACGGGGUCACCAAGGAGAAACAUCUAUAACGGGCUCUCCGUCGCCACCACCAGGCACUAGGCUACAAGUACAAGCAAGACAAGACGCCUUCCUGGGAUGGCUCGCGCUCAAAACGUGGCUCUGAAGGGAAGAGUGUCACAAAAAGAAAAGGAAAGAAAAUACAAAGUUAGGGCGCAAUGAGUUUUUAUUCCUUUUAUUUGUUUUAGAACAUUUCAUUUCAUCGCUGUCAUUUUGUUUUCGGUCUUGUUUUUAUUAGAGCACUGUGAAUGUUAUUUCAGGUGACUUUUGUCUUAUUGUUGAUAACUUUACAUUCGAUAGAUUCAGUAGAAACAAACCAGUUUGAGUGAGACUUGGACUGUGAUUGUCACGUACAGUAGUGCAGGGUGUCAUAUUCAUCACUAUCACCCUUAACAGCAGCACAACACCCAGACAAGAAAAAGGUUUAGACCUGUGGGUCUGUAGACAUUUAGACCUGCAGUAACCUGCAGUAACAGACAUUAUGCUGAUUCAGUAGGGGUGAGCUGCGUUUGCCAUCAGUCAAAUAUAAUCAAUUCCUUUCCUCCUCACCCCUCUUCAAACUCCGUCCAUUCUCUCUGAUUCAAGACAUGAGGAGAAGAGGAUAAAAAAAUAAAAUAAAAAUAAAUAAAUGAAAUAAAAAAAUCGAAUCAGAGGGAAACAUUACAUUGUUCCGAGUACUGCUCUUCGGGCUGCAGUGAUGCCGGAGAGCUUGUCUAGCAUUGUCUGGUGCUGUUUCACCACAUGUAUUGAUUUUCAUAUCAUUGCACAAGUCAGUGGUGGCGACCGCAUAGCUGUGGCCCCCCUGCGUCCAUUAGUUUGAAUUGAACAGCCACAUUGAUGUGUGUAGGUAUGUGUGUGUGCGUGUGUGUGUGUGUGUGUGUGUAUGUGUGUGUGUGUGUUUGUGUGUGUGUGUGUUAGGUGUUUCAGGAUGGGGAGAGUAUGGAUGUAGCCGAGUCUUUUAAACUCACAACAUUUCACCUCUCAGUUUCUCUUUUACUGAUGAUCAACAGACAUUUCAAUAUUCACUUGGCAUUCCUGUACGGAAAAGGUUUUCUUUUCUUUUUCUUUUUUUUUUGUUUUCUUUUAUUGGCCCUUCCCCAGUGUGUGUUGCAAAGCAUCUGUUGCUGCACUGACAUGAAGGCAUACAAGCUGAUUGCUGGUUUAAUGACAGCAACUAGCUAGAAUUGAUUGACUGGGUUUAAGUGUCAUCCUCAUGAUUUAAUUUGUUAAAAACCGAUAUGGAUCUGAAUUACCUUUAUAACCAGUUCAUGGGUGGUGGCGGCUAUCAGGUUCACAGAAAAUCAGAACAAUAGCCCAGAAUUUGUGUAAAGAUAAAAAUCAGUAUGAUUUAAAAAAAAAAACAAUAUGUAUGCACACAUUAUGGUA